AUGCUUUCUUAUCAUGAUAUCCUGUGUACUUUCUACAUGCUUGAGAUUAUAACUGGAGCAUUUGGGAAUGCUUUAAUGCUUUGCUUCUAUGGCUAUAAUAUAAUCUCUGGUCACAGAAUAAGAACCAUUCAACUAAUUUUCAUUAAUUUGGCCUUUUUCAACACUGCUAUGAUUCUCCUGAGAGGAGUUCUAUGGACAACACAUUUUUGCAUUCAGAAAAUUUUCAUGGGUGACAUUAAAUGUAAAAUCAUCUUUUAUCUUCAAAGAGUGGCCUGGAGCAUUUCCCUUUGCAUUAUUCAGAGUGUUUUCCAGGCUAUUACCAGCAGUUCUGGCAGUCCUAUACAAGCAGAGCUCAAAGCUAGAGCCUCAAAGGAUAUUGUUCUAUUCUGUGUUUUCAUAUGGAUCCUCAAUCUUUUGACAGAUGUGGUUGUGUCUCUACAUGUGACUGCCACUAGGAACAAUACAAACAGUAACCUGAUUAGAAACCUCGGGCUUUGUUCUGUGGACAGUUAUGCCAUGACUAUCUCAAAACACAUAAUCUGGAAGUCACUUUAUGAUGCAGUGUUUGUGGGGUUCAUGGCCAUUACCAGUGGCUACAUGGUGGUUGUUUUGUGCAGACACCACUGGCAAGUCCAGCACAUUCAUAAAACCAGCCUCAAUCCCAGUUCUUCCCCAGGGACCAGAACUACCAAAGCCAUCCUGUUGCUUGUGAGCAUCUUUAUAUGCUUCUAUUCAUUCAGUUCCAUCUUUAUUAUUAUGAUGAAUAAUUCUAAAGACACAAAGCCAUGGAUGAUACAUAUCUCUGUUGUUUUUUCCUUGUGUUACCCAACAAUCAGUCCCUUUCUUUUAGUCUGUAGUGAUUCCCAGAUUCUAAAUUGUUAUAAUGCUUUCAAAAGGAUGAAAAAUAAUUCAUCAUCAAAUUCUGAGAACAAAUGUAUUGGAACCUAG